CAAUUAACGUCCACGCCCCCACCUUACCUCCCCCUCCGCACUCGAGUCUCGUGGUUUCUCGCGAGAUUUUCUCCCAGCCCAAACAUUUCUGUUAGAAACAUGUCUGCUGUGCUGAAGCUGGUUCGUCUUCGACCAAACAACUUCGCAACACCUGCUUUCCGCAUUUCAAAGAGACCAUGCACCACAGGGAAAGGACGUAGGCUGUGUCUAUUGCACACCCCUGCCGCACUCAAAAAUGGCUGCUUGCGACAUCACUUAAAUUAUGGCGGUAUGAACCAAUGUAAAAGAGCUUUUCAUCUUUCAGCAGCUAGAAGUGGAGAAAUUGUACAGUUUACCUUGGCAGAUAUUGGUGAAGGAAUCAAAGAGGUCAACAUAAAGGAAUGGUUUAUCAAUAUUGGAGAUGAAGUAGCUCAGUUUGACAGCAUCUGUGAAGUGCAGAGUGACAAGGCAUCGGUGACAAUAACCAGCCGCUACGAUGGCGUUGUACGGCGCCUUUACUACAACAUCGAUGACAUAGCAAAAGUUGGAGCUCCUUUGGUGGAUAUAGAACUGCUAGGAGACACGGAAACGGAAGAGCAAGUGGAUACUUUUGAUGUAGAAGACAGCAAGUCUGAAGAACAGAUUCAUGGAAAGCUUCAAGUGAUGAAAUCUUUGGCAACUCCAGCCGUGAGAAGGAUUUCCAUAGAGCAAAAGAUUCCGUUAAGUUCUGUGAUAGGAACUGGAAAAGAUGGUAGGAUUCUUAAAGAAGAUAUGUUGCGUCAUAUUGAAAAUCUGACAAGAGCUCCACCUGGUAUGUUUCAAUGUAUAACUCCACCUGAGCCUCUCGUAGAAACAGCCCCUCUUCCUGCUGCUAAGAAGCGCAAACCUGAACCCGCAGUUCGGCCCUACAUACCGCAGGCAUCAGUCCAAGAAGACCGAGUCGAGCCUAUUCGUGGUAUUCGCAAGGCAAUGGUCAAGAGCAUGAAUGCUGCCCAUGCAAUUCCUCACUUCGGUUACUAUGACGACAUUGACAUGUCUAGUUUAGUCCAACUGAGAUACGACCUCAAGUCUACCAGCAAAGCCAGGGGCUUCAAGUUGUCUUUCAUGCCAUUUAUUAUCAAGUCUACCUCGUUGGCUCUGUUAGAAUAUCCAGUCUUGAAUGCCUCAGUUGAUUCUAACUGUGAGAACAUCACAUACAAGGCUUCCCACAACAUUGGUAUUGCAAUGGACACUCCUGAUGGCUUGAUUGUCCCGAACAUAAAGAAUGUACAAAGCUUGAGUCUACACCAGAUCGCAUUGGAAUUGAACCGACUUCAUGAACUCGGCAUCAACGGCAAACUUGGCCCCUCUGAACUAAAAGGUGGCACUUUCUCUCUUUCAAACAUUGGAAGUAUUGGUGGAACCUAUGCACGUCCAUUGAUAAUGCCCCCUGAAGUAGCCAUCGGUGCACUUGGAAAGAUAUCAGUUCGACCCAAAUUCAACCACGAGGGAGAAAUUGUGAAGGCACACACCAUGCAGGUCAGCUGGUCCGCCGACCAUCGUGUAAUAGACGGCGCCACAAUGGCACGCUUUUCAAAUAUAUGGAAAAGUUACCUAGAGAAACCUGGUACCAUGUUACUGGACACUAGAUAAAUACACCUGAUGCAUUUGCACACCUCAUAUACACACACACAGUUGCAUAGAAAUCUACACAUAUAUACACACAUAAUAUAGCAAUUCUAGAAACCAGUGUGGGUCCAGUUAUUUCUGCUGGAUGGUUUAUAUAUAUAUAUAUAUAUAUAUAUAUUUGUAAUGUUUGGAUAUAUGGACUGGAGAAAGAGUGCUCAAUACAGGUUGUAGAGGUUAUUUAUUUGUUCAAAGCUGUUUAUUGAUUUUUGUUGCCUGACGGAAGAAAUGCAAGAAACGCAGUAGUGAGGAGUGGUGGUCAUCAGCUUCAAAUAAUAUACACACAUGAUGAUAUAUUUAUAUGUGUGUGUGUGUGUAUUUAUAUAUAUAUAUAUAUAUAUAUAUAUAUACACAUAUUCAUAUAUAUAUACACACACACAGAUAAACCUAUAUCUGUAUCUGUGUAGUUAUGUCUUACAUAUAAAUAAAUUUAGGUACACACACGCACAAAUUCUGGGCUGGUUCGGCUAUGCUUUCUGAUGCUUGCUCCAGUAUGACCAUAGUCCAAUAACUGAAGCAAAUAAAGUAGUAGCAUUCCUUUCCGAUGUGUUCUUAGGAUCCACUAAUUUCUUUCAAGAUUUCCCAUCAAAUCUUGUCUUUGAAUAGUUAUUGUAUCUCUUGUUGUUUGCUUAGUUACAAUCACUGGAUCAUGGCCAUUCUGGGGCAUUACCUUCUAAGGUAUAGUGAAUUCACUGUCCCCAGUAUUUGUUUUCUUCAACCGUACGAAGAUAUAAAGACAAAGUGGAACCUGAUGCCAUUUGAGACUUGGGGACCUGACCAGGUUACAAAGUAUUUUAUUCAGUAUUCAACUAAUUAUGUUAUGUGCCUACCUCCAUGUUUGUUCCUUUUAAUACAUCCUUUAUUUCACCCCUGAACUAUAAUUGCAAUUAAGGAAUCUUUGAAACUUCAUUUUAGCUUUCCUCUGCCUCACUUUUUCCUCACUUCAAUCAAUCAAUCUUUUUCUCUCACAUUGAAAUUCAUAUUUCUUUUUUUUUGUUUUUUCUCUUGUGGUAAUUUGGUUCCCCACUUUCUUCCUAAAUUUUUCUUGAGGUAAUCCGAUCAACAUAUUUUAUACCAAUGCUGUUAGACAUCGCUGGUGAUUCAUUCGAAAUUAAGAGAUAAAAAUCUGAUCUCCUAUUUAGAAAUUGGUUUCAGUUCUCAGUUUACUAAAAGCUUUAGGAUCGAGUAAGACUGAAUUUCUUAAAACUCAGUUUUGGCGUGGAGGUUAGUUUCGCCCUUUAGCAUUCAGAUUACUCUGUCAAAUGUGUAAUGUCCACUUUACAAGACUCUAAGUUUACGAGUUUUAUUUCUCAAGCACAAAUCCAAAUUUUGAAUAAAGUGCAAAAGUUUCUACUACCAAAAUGCUUCUGCGUGUUACCAAGAAAUUUAUAGGGAGCAAGAAGAAAGCUCUUUCUAGACAAACAACUUUUUUAGACUUUUUUUUUCAAAAAGCAAAUCUACAAGUCUAUCCACGUGUGUUUGUGAAUCGACAAUCACGUUUACAAGUGAUGCUGUGCACAAGAGUCUAGUGCGAGUGAAAGUGAUUCAGAAAAUUAUUAUAAAUAAUAUUAUUAUGAGUGAUUUUGACAUUCUUUUUAGUUUACAUAAAAUAUUCUUUACAUUCUACUGUUGUUUUCUUGCCAUUUAUUUACGAGAAUUAUAAAUUUUAUAGAUAAAAUGUUUUUCUGGGAAUGA